CGACUCCUUAAAACUGAACGAAACUACAAAUCCCAACAUGCAUCUUUAAGCGCCUGACUUGUUCCUGCACAAAGGUCUCAAGUUUGUUGCUCGCACGGGGAUCUGGAGGACGCCGUACACUUGCUGCUCUAAAAUUGAACCACAGGUUCCAUGAUGGGUCGACUUGAUGGGAAGAUCAUCGUCCUGACCGCUGCUGCUCAGGGGAUUGGGAGGGCAGCUGCCAUAGCUUUUGCAAGAGAAGGUGCCAAAGUCAUAGCCACAGAUAUCAAUGAGUCCAAACUUCAGGAACUGGAAAAGUACCCUGGUAUUCAGAUUCGGGCCCUUGAUGUCACAAAGAAGAAACAAAUUGAUCAGUUUGCCAAUGAAGUUGAGAGACUUGAUGUUCUCUUUAAUGUUGCUGGUUUUGUCCAUCAUGGAACCAUCCUGGACUGUGAGGAGAAGGACUGGGACUUCUCGAUGAAUCUCAAUGUCCGCAGCAUGUACCUGAUGAUCAAGGCAUUUCUUCCUAAAAUGCUUGCACAGAAAUCUGGCAACAUUAUCAACAUGUCCUCUGUGGCUUCUAGCCUCAAAGGAGUUGUGAACAGAUGCGUGUACAGUACCACGAAGGCGGCCGUGAUUGGCCUCACAAAGUCUGUGGCUGCAGAUUUCAUCCAGCAGGGCAUCAGGUGCAACUGUGUUUGUCCAGGAACAGUUGAUACCCCAUCUCUACAAGAAAGAAUACAAGCCAGACCAAAUCCUGAAGAGGCACUGAGCUCUUUCCUGAAGAGACAGAAGACUGGAAGAUUUGCAACCGCAGAAGAAGUAGCCCUCCUCUGUGUGUAUUUGGCUUCUGAUGAAUCUGCCUACGUAACAGGUAAUCCUGUCAUCAUUGAUGGAGGCUGGAGCUUGUGAUUUUAAAAUCUCCUUGCUGGGAAGGCAGGCUCUUCCUGUCCACAGUGAACCUGGUUACAAAGAAAACUCACCCAUCAUGUCUCUCCUAUUAACAGCCUAUUAAUGAAAACAAGCCCUUUUUAUGAUGUCUUUGCUCACAAGAGUCAGAUUCCUUAAAUAUAUUAAUCUCUUUCUAACCUCUUCUGAAAUCAUUAUAGGUAGACGACAUAAAAGAUAAUGAACUCACUGCAAAUGAAGAGGUUUAACAUCAACCACAAUUUGUAAACAUAUAAAAUUAAAAUGUGAAUAUGAAAAAUGGAAGGUUUUUAAGAAAAAAGUAUUUGUAUUUUACUUCUAUUUCCCAAUAUUCAAAUAUUUCGUAUAAUUCUGCUUGGUCUGUACAUGGACUCUAAUUUUAAAUUUUUACACCAUCAUAAAUGAACACAAGAUAGGAAAGAAUUUAGCUUCAGUGACUUACAUUAAAAAAGAGUUUAGGGCGCCUGGGUGGCGCAGUCGGUUAAGCGUCCGACUUCAGCCAGGUCACGAUCUCGCGGUCCGUGAGUUCGAGCCCCGCAUCAGGCUCUGGGCUGAUGGCUCAGAGCCUGGAGCCUGUUUCCGAUUCUGUGUCUCCCUCUCUCUCUGCCCCUCCCCCGUUCAUGCUCUGUCUCUGUCUGUCCCAAAAGUAAAUAAACGUUGAAAAAAAAAAAAUUAAAAAAAAAAAAGAGUUUAGAUUCAGAACUAUAUUGUUAAUCUGUUAUAUAAAAGAAAAAUAAUCAUCAAGUAUUUAUAUUUAACAGAUGUUACCACUCAUAAUUGAGUACUAUUUUCUUCGUGUAACUAAAAAAUCUUUAUUAAAAUAAAUAAUGACAUUGGCAUGGGCCUAAGAAACUUACAGUGAACCAGCAGUAUUUUCAGUUUGAAUAUAGAUUAAGUGUAGAUUUUUUUCACCAAAUGCCAGGUUGACAGUAAGAGGACAUGAAAUUUAGAAACAGUCUCUGGAUACAUAAAUAUAAAUGAAUCAUAUAACAGGAAACUAAAUUAAAGAAAAUAAUUUUCAAGGGAUGGGUGAAAUAGAGAAUUAGGAAACACAAACUUCCAGUUAUAA